GAAGCUUGGCCUCGAGGACGCCACAUCGGUGCAAGCCCCACGACGACAAACUGUGUAAGGCUUCAUAUACUUAGCUUUGUCGCAUCGAGACGUUGGCUACCCCCUCGAGUCUCGAGUAGCCUUACCCGCCUGGUGCAUUCGAUAGGCUUCAGUGCUCAUCCAACCGACUUCAUCAGGAUGGCUGAAUCAGAACCGAAACACAGUGAACGUUGUACGUACCAGACCUCUUCUUGGCACAAACAUGCGUGGCACUCACCUUGUAGCCACAGUCAAUAAUGUUGACUCGGAUAUCACCAUUUCAUCCUCUGAUAAUGUGCUCUUCAGAGUACAUAGGAGGAACCUUGCGACUCACUCAGAAGUAUUCCCCGACGGCAAUAUUGCGACCAACGAUGAGAUCGUUCCAUUGUCCGAGACAUCCUCGACGCUGGAGUUGCUAUUCCAGUACAUGUAUCGCCAACCGCAACCCGAUAUCACGGAACUUCCCUUUGAGCAACUGUCGAAGCUGGCUGAGGCAGCUGAGAAGUGUCUUCUCCGCGAUGGAGAUCUGCAGGGUCAUGAUGAAGCUGUCGUUACCGAAGAAUGCAAUCGCCGUCCUAGCAUAUACUGUGAGACAUGGGUACCCCAAACUCUCCCUGGAAGCCGCUCCCCAUACUGUGAAUGUCGAACCGAAGGAGGCGUUUGAGCAUUUGGGACACUUGUGGUUUGUAUAUUGGGUGCUAUAUCGCGAGCCCUAUCUAAAGACCUUGAUGGAGGCACAUCAGCCUCCAGGUCCCGGAGGUCACCUCCUGCAUCGCGGAGGCAUCGCGGAGUGCGACCUGUGGAAGAUAUUCCAGCUGAAGGUCACUACUGCAAUCGGCAGCGACAUGUCAGCGCUCAAUCGCAUCAACGACAUCUUCUCAGAGGCUCAGAGUUUCGCCUCGCUGUCCACGUGUACGCAGUGCAGCAGGAGGGCGGAGACCUGGUCUACGCAGAUAACCAAGAAGAUUUCAGCGUUGCCGCAGUUCAGCCUGACGUUAUGAAGUGGCACAAACAUGCAUCGAGGAUGUUGGCGUGGUAUGACAAGACAAUCUGCUCCUGGCCGCCGUAGCAUAUUGUGAUCGGAAGUUGCAACUGCA